AUGGAAUCACCGACAGCAGGUGCCGACAGCAGAAAGGAAGCGGAAGAGGUGGUUCAGAAUGCCCUGGGCCUGCAUGAGGAAGCAGAAAAACUCUGCAGUGGCUACACAGAGAAGAUCCAGGUUACUCUGAAAGCUCUGCAUUCCUUCCGAGAGAAAGUGGCAACGGGAUUCAAGGAGCUGCAUGACUUCCUGUACGACGAGGAGUCGUCUCUUAUGGCCAAAACAGACCGAGAGGAAGAGAAACACCUGCGCUUCCUGGAGAACAAGCUGAUGGAUGUGUCUGAGGCAGCAUCCUCUGCUCUGAAACUGGCGGACAACCUCAGUGCAGCCGACAACACCAGCAGACACGACAUGCGCAUGACCGAGUUACAACUGAAGCAGCUACGGAUGCAGAUGGCCAGGCACAGCAAAGAGAUGAGGUUCUGUGGACCAGAUGUGCUGCGUAGCCCACCCCUAAAGUAUUCCGUUUGCAGGCAGAUGCUGAAGAGAGCGGCACAUUGUGCACUGGAGGACCUCACCCUUGAUGACAGCAGCGCCCAUCCUCACCUGAUUGUUUCUGCAGACUUAAAAUCGGUCAAGCUGAGCCCUCGCUGCCAGGCAGUUCCAAAGAGCCUAUGGCGUUUUCAGCCCUGCCUCUAUGUCCUCUGCUCACAGGGCUUCCAGUCAGGUAAGCAUUACUGGGAAGUGAGUGUUGGGCAAAAAACCAACUGGGUCCUUGGGGUAGCCAGCUGCCGCGUCAACCGCAAGGCAGUGGAGAACCUCGCUCCUGAAAAUGGAUAUUGGGUCCUCAGGAAAGCACCAAGAAACCGUUUCUACGCCUUGAGCUCAACCCCAGUGCGUCUUGCUCCCAGCCACAGCCCCUCAAAGGUUGGAGUGCUCCUAGACUAUGAAAACGGCAAGGUUGGGUUUUACAGUGCAGAGAACAUGGUGGAAAUCUGCACAAUCACAGGUGACUUUCAAGAGGUGCUGCAUCCCUUCUUCUGCCCUGGCUUGACACUUGCGGAGGAGGACUGCUAUCCUCUGACAAUAAACAGUUAG